UAUGAAAUUUAAUCAUUUUUAUGUUAAGCAUAAUAGAAAAAGUGUGACAACUAUAAUGGAAGAGAGGGAGUACUACAUAUAUGUCACGCCCCAGAACCCAAAUCCGAGGCGCUACAGACGCCGUGCACUCGUGAGACGAGUCCCACAAAUGCACAAGGCUCGGAACUUAUCAUAUCACACUCUGAUACCACCAAAAUCUGAAGAUCAAAUCAUUAAAAUUUCCUCUCAUAUCAUAAAAUCUCCAAAUACAAGAUCAUGAUCUAUAUCUCAAAUCUAUAUUCACUUUACAAAAUGGCUAGCCUUCUAACUCGUCACUUCCCGUGGUUUCCCCGUCCUCGGUUUCACUUCCUGAAAUGGUGGACAAGGAAAAACUAUGAGAUAAAC